CUACCUGCGCGCCUGUAGUUCAUUCAUUUGGAGAGGAACGUGGACGUGUACUUGACCGUGAAUAAGUGAAAACAUGGCGGGUUACCUGAAAGCUCUGAGGACCGUGUCUAGAUGUUCAGCUGCUGUCCUGUCUCAAAGCCCCGCAGUGAUCUCACCAGCAGCAGUCUGCCUCCAGAGACAGCAACAGCACAGGAACUAUGCCACAAACCGCAUCAAGGUGGCCCAGCCGGUGGUGGAGAUGGACGGAGACGAGAUGACUCGCAUCAUAUGGGAGUUCAUCAAAGACAAGCUCAUCCUGCCCAAUGUGGAUGUUGAGCUGAAGUACUUUGACCUGGGUCUGCCUUACCGUGACCUGACAAGCGACCAGGUCACCAUCGACUCCGCUCUGGCAACUAAGCAAUACAACGUGGCUGUCAAGUGUGCCACCAUCACCCCCGAUGAGGCCCGCGUUGAGGAGUUUAAGCUAAAGAAGAUGUGGAGGAGUCCUAAUGGAACAGUUAGGAACAUCUUGGGCGGCACCGUUUUCCGUGAGCCAAUCCUUUGUAAAAACAUCCCUCGUCUUGUUCCCGGUUGGACAAAAGCCAUAACAAUCGGCAGACACGCUUUUGGCGAUCAGUACAGGGCCACAGACUUUGUUGUCGACCAGCCUGGCAAGUUCACGAUGGUCUUUACCCCAACUGAUGGAAGCAAGCAGAAGGAGUGGAUGGUGUACGACUUCCCCGCAGGGGGCUGUGGGAUGGGAAUGUACAACACUGAUGAGUCUAUCAGUGGAUUUGCACACAGCUGCUUCCAGUAUGCCAUCCAGAAAAGGUGGCCUCUGUACAUGAGCACCAAGAACACCAUCCUCAAGUUCUACGACGGGCGCUUCAAAGACAUUUUCCAGGAAAUCUUUGAGAAGGAGUACAAGCCAGAGUUUGACAAGCUGAAGAUCUGGUAUGAGCACCGUCUCAUUGACGACAUGGUGGCCCAGGUCCUGAAGUCCUCUGGAGGAUUUGUUUGGGCCUGCAAGAAUUACGAUGGAGAUGUGCAGUCAGAUAUUCUGGCUCAGGGUUUUGGUUCUCUAGGUCUCAUGACAUCAGUGCUAGUGUGCCCUGACGGGAAGACUAUCGAGGCCGAGGCUGCCCAUGGCACCGUCACCAGGCACUUCCGUGAACACCAGAGGGGAAGACCAACCAGCACCAACCCCAUCGCGAGCAUCUUCGCUUGGACCAGAGGACUGGAGCACAGAGGCAAACUGGACGGAAAUCCUGAUUUGAUAAAGUUCUGCCACACGUUAGAACAAGUCUGUGUGGCUACUGUGGAAAACGGUGUGAUGACCAAAGACCUCGCAGGCUGCAUCCACGGCUUGCCCAACUGCAAGCUGGAUGAACAUUACGUCAACACAACGGACUUCCUGGAUGCGAUCAGGACCAACUUGGACAAAGCUCUGGGCAAAUGAAGAGCAAUCGGAAGACACGCUUCCAAACGUAGAAAGACAACUUCUAUUUUUUAGUUCGUUUUUUAUCCUUCAUUUGUAUGAAUCUUUGUAUCCAAUUUUUGAAGGGACCAAGUUUGCUAUUUUUCGUGUCAUUUUUGUAUUUGUACAGCUCACCGACACGUAACUGUGCUCAUAUUCCUCUGCCUCUCCUGUUGCCAAGGUCCAGUUUAUUAUUGCACAAUUAAAUGAUUGUACUGUAUUAAUUAAUAUUAAUGCUAAUGUUAACUUAUAAUGGCUUUUUCAAAGAAAUAUCAGUCUUUCCAAUUUAAAGCUUUGGUAGGCAACACUUUUUUGGCAUCAUUGGGCAAAAAUUCCAUAAUAACCUUUCAGCAUAUUGUAAUUCAAGUGUUCUGAUAGAAAACUACACUUCUGCACUUCAGGCUUUAACAAAUAUAGAUAGUCCUUCAAGAGAUCUCAGCAUGGCUGCCGGGUCACAAACUUUCUCAUUUUACAGCUAAACAGUACACUACAAGAUGAUUCUGAAAACAUUUGAGUAGAGAAAUAGGCAUUACAGUAACAGAAUAUUGAUUCAUAUUUGAUCAGCGCUGCCUAG